AUGAUUGAUUGUGUGUUAACAGUGAUCUCGCAUCACGAUUCACUUUCAAAUGAAGUGCUUGCUACAGUGAAAAGUUUUAUUGAAAAAACUCUUGGUGUUGAGUCUUUGAAAAUAGCUACCAAGCAAUUAUCUACACGUGCACAUGAUUUCCUCAUAACAAUAAAGGAUCUUGACAGGAGUCGAGAUUUAGUCAGAUUCCAGUGUCUCAAACAAGAAUAUGAUUUGAUAUUACAGCCAGUUGCUAAUCGUCAAAACAAAAAGUUGUUUAUCUUUGAUAUGGAUUCUACUUUGAUUUACCAAGAGGUUAUCGAGCUCAUAGCGGCUUAUGCAGGUAUCGAAGAUAAAGUUGCUGAAAUCACCGAGAGAGCAAUGAAUGGCGAAUUGGAUUUCAACGAAAGUUUGAAAGAAAGAGUUCAACUUCUACGCGGUAUCAAUUCCACCACUAUCUGGAAAGAAUUAGAACAAAAAAUAGAAAUUACCAAUGGAGUCAGGCCCUUGGCAAAAGCUUUGAAAAAACUUGGUUGUAUAUUGGGUGUUUGCUCUGGUGGUUUCAUUCCAUUGGCACAACACGUGAAAGAACAAUUGGGUUUGGACUAUGCGUAUGCUAAUACUUUAGGUGUAGAUGAAGAUAAUGUGUUGAACGGUGAAACAAUCGGCGAUAUUGUAAAUGGCGAACGAAAAGCUGAGCUCUUGUUGGAAAUAGCAAACAAGCACAAUAUUGCACCCAAAGAUGCAGUUGCUAUAGGCGAUGGAGCCAACGAUUUAAAGAUGAUGUCUGUUGCUGGGUUUGGUAUUGCAUGGAAUGCAAAACCAAAAGUCCAAUUACUUGCACCUGCAUGUUUGAAUACAAACACAUUAUUGGACGUAUUAUACAUCAUGGGACACACUGAAGAGGAUAUCAAGCUCCUUGUUAAUUAA